AUGGCGCCAGUACAAGCUCGCCCUAAAAAGGCACCCCGAUCGUGGGAUGCCCUCACGCCGAGUCUUGCGCAAUGGAUCCUCGAUUACCUCUCGUCAAUGGGCUAUGAACAGCCCACUCCGGUGCAAAAAUCAUGCCUCGAGAUCUUCCGCGGGAACAAGGACGUCGUGGUAGAAGCCGUCACGGGCAGCGGGAAGACGCUCGCAUUCCUAAUCCCGGUAGUUGAGCGGCUGCUCCGGUCCGAAGAGCCAGCGAAGAGGCACCACGUUCAGGGCAUCAUCAUCUCGCCAACUCGAGAGCUCGCAUCCCAGAUCUACAACGUGCUCGUGUCUCUCAUAAGAUUCCAUGCUCCAUCUGCGGACCUCUUGUCGUACUCGAAAAGCGAUGAAAAGCGACCUGCUACAACCGAGCCGGUCAUCGUUCCGCAGCUGCUGGUUGGUGGCACAAUCAAGGCUGCCGAGGAUCUGAGCACAUUUCUCCGACUAUCGCCCAACCUCCUCGUCGGAACACCCGGCCGUCUCGCAGAACUCUUGUCCAGCCCGUAUGUUAAGGCACCCGCGUCUUCGUUCGAGGUCCUGGUCAUGGACGAGGCCGACCGUCUGCUGGACCUGGGCUUCUCCCCGGAGAUCACGCGGAUCCUGGGCUACCUCCCCAAGCAGCGCCGUACCGGGUUGUUCAGCGCCUCGCUCAGUGAAGCUGUAGAGAGGCUUAUAACCGUAGGUCUGUUGUACCCGCACAAGAUUACCGUGCGAGUCAAGAGCCUGAAAGACGGCGGCGAGAUCCAGGAGAGGAAGACGCCCAUGUCAUUACAGAUGUCCUACAUCAUCACGCCUGCGAGCCAGAAGAUUCCAGCAUUGUGCCAGCUAUUAGACAAGCUGGAGCCUCGCCCUGCUCGCUCCAUCGUCUUCUUUUCGACCUGCUUCGCCGUGAAGUACUUUGCCCGUGUUCUGCACGGCGUGCUCCCCCCCGGCUUUUCCAUCAUCUCCCUCCACGGCAAACUCGAACCGCAGGUUCGCGAAAAGAACUAUGAGCGGUUCGUCAACGCCACCUCCCCAACCGUCCUCCUGACCACCGACAUUGCCGCCCGCGGUCUCGACAUUCCCCAAGUCGAUCUCGUCGUUCAGCACGACCCGCCGACCGACACCAAGGUCUUCAUCCACCGCUGCGGACGCGCCGGACGCGCCGGACGCCGUGGUCUCGCCGUCGUCAUGCUGCAGCCCGGCCACGAAGAGGGCUACGUCCAGCUGCUCGAGGUCCGCCAAACCCCCAUCACCCCGCUCACAAGGCCCUCCAUCUCGGUCACCGACGCCGAGGCCGAGCUCGUCUCGUCCAAGAUCCGCGACCAGGCGAAGGCCGACCGCGAGAUCUUUCAGCUGGCGCAGCGCGCCUUCGUCAGCUGGGCGCGCAGCUACAUGGAGCACCAGGCCACCUCCAUCUUCCGCGUGUCUGAGCUCGACUGGGUCGACCUCGCCAAGGGGUACGGCCUGCUCGAGCUGCCCAAGAUGCCCGAGGUCAAGGGGCUCGACCGGUCGCUGGGCUUGGGCAUCGACACGGAGAGCAUCCCGUUCAAGGACAAGGCGCGCGAGAAGAAGCGGCUGGCGGAGCUGGAGCAGUGGAAGAAGGAGAAGGCCGAGCGGGAGGCGCAGCGCGCCAACGGCGAAGACCCGGGCUCGCUGAAGAGGAAGAAGAACGAGGCCUGGAGCGGGAAGCAUGAGCAUGAGGACGCCAAGGCGGCGCGGCGGGAGAAGAAGAGGAGGAAGAGGGAGGCGCAGCGGCUGGCCCAGAUGACAGAGAAGGAGAAGGAGGAGCAGAAGAAGCUGGAGGAGCUGAUUGCGGAAGUGAGGAGGAGGAAUGCCGGGCAGACGACGGCGGGGGCGGCUGGAGGCCAGAAAGCAGACGCAGCGGAUGAUGACGACAGCUUUGAGGGGUUUGAUGACUGAAGAAAUAAAGAGAGGGGGAGGUGUGUGUGUGUGUGGAUCAACCAAAGCAGAUGAAUUGAUACCCUGCCAUGC